CCUCCCCAUGCCACUCCCAGCUCGCUCCUCCCUCUGCCUCUAAAUUUCAGCACGGCCAGCUGAAAUUUAGGACAGGGCAGCCACUUACAGCAGAGCAGCACCUGGAAAACUGAGUUCUCCUGUCUCUGAGCUGGCAUCAUGGCACCAUCUGCGUCCUGGGCAGGUGUGAUGUUCCUGCUGAUGGUCCAGUGUGGCUCUGCUGCAAAACUGGUCUGCUACUUCACCAACUGGGCCCAGUACCGAGAAGGGGUGGCUCGCUUCUUCCCUGGAGCCGUGGAUCCCAACCUGUGUACACACCUCAUCUACGCCUUCGCAGGCAUGAGCAGCCACCAGCUCAGCUCUGUAGAGUGGAAUGACAAGCAGCUUUACCAGGAGUUCAAUGGCCUGAAGAAGAUGAAUCCCAAGCUCAGGACUCUGUUAGCCAUCGGGGGCUGGAGCUUUGGCACUCGAAAGUUCACAGAUAUGGUGGCCACAGCCAACAGCCAACAGAUCUUUAUCAACUCAGCCAUCAAGUUUCUGCGGACAUACGGCUUUGACGGCCUUGACCUUGACUGGGAGUACCCAGGAAGCCGGGGGAGCCCGGCGGCGGACAAGCAGCGCUUCACAGCCCUCGUGCAGGGUUUGGCCAGGGCCUUCCAGCAGGAAGCCCAGACCUCAGGGAAGGAACGGCUCCUUCUGAGUGCGGCAGUUCCUGCCGGGCAACACUAUGUGGAUGCUGGUUACGAGGUGGACAGGCUUGCUGGGGACUUGGACUUCAUCAACCUCAUGGCCUACGACCUCCACAGCUCCUGGGAGAAGGUGACAGGGCAUAACAGUCCCCUCUACAAAAGACAGGGGGAGAGUGGCGCAGCGGCUGAAUACAACGUGGAUGCUGCUGUACAACUGUGGCUGCAGAAGGGAGCCCCUGCCAGCAAGCUGGUCCUUGGCAUGCCCACCUACGGGCGAUCCUUCACCCUGGCUUCUUCAUCAGACACCAGAGUGGGGGCCCCAGCCACAGGGCCUGGUGCCCCUGGCCCCUUCACUAAAGAAGGAGGCUUCCUGGCUUAUUAUGAGGUCUGCUCCUGGAAGAAGCUCAGAAUUGAGGACCAGAAGGUGCCCUAUGCUGUCCGGGAUAACCAGUGGGUGGGAUUUGAUGAUGUGGAGAGCUUCAAAGCCAAGGUGGGCUACGUGAAACAGAAGGGACUGGGCGGUGCCAUGGUGUGGGCCCUGGACUUGGAUGACUUCUCGGGCUCCUUCUGCAACCAGGGCCGGUACCCCCUCAUCCAGAUGCUGCGGCGGGAGCUGAGUAUUCCAUCCAUGUCUCCAGGCCCCCCAGAGCCGGAGGUGCCUGCACCCACCCAUCACUCUGACCCUAAGCCGGACUCCAGCCCUGGACAAGACACCUUCUGCCAGGGCAAAGCUGAUGGUCUCUACCCCAACCCUCAGGAUGCGUCUGGAUUUUACAUCUGUGCAGGGGGGCAGCUGUUUCAGCAGAGCUGUGCCCCAGGCCUGGUGUUCAGUACCUUGUGCAAGUGCUGCACCUGGAGAUGAGGCCCCAAGACCCCCCAGCCCCAGCCUGCAGCCUAGGUGCACCCGACCCCCUGCUUUCCCUGGGAGCUGGGGACUGGCUCCAGUGGGCCUCUCUGCAGUC